AUGGGAAUGGGAAUGGUAGGGGCUGGGUCUAGUUGGAUGUCAUCUGGAGCGAUUUUGGUUCAUGGGUUUCAACUGGUUGAUAUAUGGGUUCACCACUCAACAGGCAACACCACAAAUUCCAAAAUAUCAAAGCUUUUAGAUAUGUCAGCAGCAGGUUCAUUGUGGGAUUGGAAGAGUGUUAUAUUAAGGAAUGUAGGGUUUUUCUCAGAUAUUAUGACUUUGUUAAUGGCUCUGGGUCAUUAUGUACAAAUAUGGCGCCUUCAUGGCAUGAGAUUCCAUCUUGUCAAUGCAAUGCUUUUCUUAAAUAUACGUUUUGUUGCUGGUUGUAGUAGUUUUUUGAGGGGACAGCAGGACAGAUGCAUGAGUCACUGUACUCUUGCUGUUUUUGACUUUUUUUCAUAUAGUUUGGAACAAGAAAUGUCUUAUUUCGACCUCAAUUAUGAUGCAGGAAGUUGGAGAAAAGGGUCACAAGAAUUAUCGGAGCAAGGGUUCAUUAUUCUUAAUUAA